AUGGAACAGAACCAGCCCGAGGGCUCUUUGAGCUGGAGACUCAGCUCGCAUCCCAUUACACUGUUGUGGUUCUUGGCCUUCAGAAUAUCAUCUCUAUUGGUCUAUCUAUUCGGGGGGAUUCUCUUCACGGCUAAUCACGUCCUCAUCUUCAUCAUCACCAUCCUCCUCCUCGCAGCCGAUUUCUACUACCUCAAGAACAUUGCCGGCCGCCGUCUCGUAGGCUUAAGAUGGUGGAACGAAGUAAAUCCCCAGACGGGGGAUUCGCACUGGGUAUUCGAGAGCUCUGAUCCCUCGACCAAAGUCAUCAACGCGACAGAUAAACGUUUCUUCUGGAUGGCACUCUAUUCGCAGCCGCUGCUCUGGGUCGCAUUGGCUGUUGUGGCUAUAUUCAGAUUCGAAGUCAUCUGGUUAACGCUCGUUGUUAUUGCUCUUAGUCUGACGGUCACGAAUACGCUUGCAUUCUCGAGAUGCGAUAAGUUUGGGCAGGCGUCGAAUAUUGCCGGCAGUGCGUGGUCUUCUGGAGGGCUUGCGGGAAAUGUAGCUACGGGCUUGGUUGGGCGGAUGUUCUCUCGGGGUUGA